AUUGAGAAAAUAACCAUGACCUGGUGUGUCACAUUCAUACCUAUGACAGUAGGAGGAGCAGAAACGCAGGUGGGUGUAGAUAUCAAAGGACCUAUCACAGAUGGUCAUCUGCUCAGUACUUAUCGGCAUGUUUUUGGGACAGACAUUGUUAAACAUUGGCGACUGUUCCCAGGUCAGUGGCACAUCUGCAAUCUCAUCAUGACAAGCUACACGGAUAAAGGGGAGAAGCAUGUGAGAGGAAGGUUUGUCAGGUUUCAUCAUAUCACCUUCUGGGUCGGCAAUGCAAAACAGGCAGCCUCCUUCUACUGUGACAAGAUGGGAUUUGAACCUCUGGCUUACAAGGGUCUGGAAACAGGCAGUAGAGAGGUGGUGUCUCAUGUCAUCAGACAGAACAAGAUUGUAUUUAUUUUCGAGACUCCCCUUAAUCCAGGAAAUGAAGUAAUGGGAGACCACCUGGCGAAGCAUGGUGACGGAGUCAAAGAUAUCGCCUUCCAGGUUGAGGACUGUGACUUUAUAAUCAAGAAAGCCAAAGAGCGAGGAGCUGUGAUUGUGAAGGAGCCCUGGGUGGAAGACGACAUGCACGGCAGGGUGAAGUAUGCUGUGGUCCAGACGUAUGGAGACACAACACACACUUUCAUUGAGUACCUUGAACCCUACACAGGCCUGUUCCUGCCCAGCUACAAACAGCCUCUGUACAGGGACUGUCUGUUAGCCACACUUCCAGCAAUAGGACUGAACUUCAUCGAUCACGUUGUGGGAAACCAGCCAGACGACCAGAUGGUGCCAAUUUCAGACUGGUACCAGAAGUGCCUGUUGUUCCACCGUUUCUGGUCAAUCGAUGACAAGCAGAUACACACACAGUACAGCUCGCUGAGGUCAAUCGUGGUGACCAACUACGAAGAGACAAUCAAGAUGCCCAUCAACGAACCGGCGUUGGGGAAGAGGAAGUCACAGAUCCAGGAAUACGUGGACUACAACGGGGGAGCAGGUGUUCAGCACAUUGCUCUCAACACAUCAAACAUCAUCCAAGCGGUAGUGAACCUGCGAGCCCGAGGGAUGGACUUCCUCGUAGCUCCUGACACCUACUACGAUGACCUGCGGGAGAAACUCAAGACUGCCAAGAUCAAGGUGAAGGAGGACCUGGACCGUCUACAGGAACUCAAAAUCCUAGUGGACUUCGAUGACAACGGAUACCUGCUGCAGAUCUUCACCAAACCCAUGCAGGACAGACCCACCCUCUUCUUGGAGGUCAUUCAACGGCACAACCACUCUGGCUUUGGAGCAGGAAACUUCAAAUCUCUCUUUGAGGCCAUCGAGAAGGACCAGGAGGCCAGAGGCAACCUCACACAACUGACACCGUAGAACCAGACCAAAACUUUACACUGAUCCUGUCACAGCACCUGGAGUUUGUCCAAUAUAUAAACUAUAUGGACAUUUAAAAGACAGGCAACAUCACCUACAAUACAUCAGAUAUACAGUGAUAAAUGGUUACGUAGUGUAGCAGUUAGCACACCUGCCUUAGAUGCAGAAGGUCCUGGGUUGGCGCAACAGAGGAACCACACUCUUGGCGCCUCCAAGUGGCAGCCUAUUGCAGCAGAUCUGCUGUUACCAUGGCGAUUUUAAUACAUUUGGAAUUACUAUUAUUAUAAAUACAAUCAUGUGGACAGGUUCAUGUUUUGUGUCUGAUAAAUUGUCAAAAGAUGAAAAAUUGUAAAACAAAUAAAAUCUUGAUUGUUGCUGUUAAA